CUGAGGGGAAAGCCGCCGGUAGAAACUUUGGCUCUGCUCUGUGCUGAUGGUCUCGUGUUGUGGUUGGUGUUGAAGUUUCGUCCUGUGACAGCACAUAUUCGACGGAUCCCAUGAACCAUGAUUGAUCCAGUAGAAAAUGACCUGUUUGACAUCCCAGAUUAUGAGCAAAUACAGGACGAGAGAUUCCCUCCUCUCCCUCCUCCAUCGUCACCUGGUCGGGGAGACAUCGAGGAGGAUCCAUUUGGCGAUGGAGAGGGUCAGGAGGAAGGAGAAGUGUCAAAACUAGCAGAAGUGCCAGUGGCAAAAAGACGAACAGCGAGGCCUCGGCCUAAACUGGAUGCAAACAGGUUGAUUUCUGAGAAGGGUCUUCCAGCUUUGCGUACUUUAUUUGAUGAUGUUAAGUUCAAAGGCAAAGGGCAUGAGGCAGAGAACCUGAAGCUCCUCUUGCAGAAAAUGGAGAACUGGGCCCAUCGCCUAUAUCCUAAAAUGCAGUUUGAUGAGUUUGUUGAUAAAGUGGAGAGUCUAGGAAAUAAGAAGGAAGUUCAGACAUGUCUAAAACGAAUUCGAUUGGACAUGCCAAUAACACAUGAUGACUACACUGAUGAGCCUGAGGUUCGAGUACAAGAAGAGUCUGAUCCAAUUGUAGAUGAAGGUUUCCCUGAAGAUCCAUUUGUCCAUUCUACUCCUGCUCCACCCUCUCUCACUGAGGAACAGCAGCGGCGCAUAGAGCUCAACAAACAGCUGGCUCUGGAGAGAAGACUUGCGAAACAGAAACAGCUAGAAUCCUCUCAGAAUUCCAUCCAGGUGGAUGCAGAUGAACCAUCAACCAGUUCUUCAGGACAGUACCUCAGUCAAGAGAAUCAGGGGAUUUUUGAUCAGAGCACCUCAGCCCAAACACCACUCAAACAAAAGCCAGCUGCUCUUCAGAAUUCCCCUUUAUAUGAUAAUGAGCGUGCUAGUCCUGUUCCAAAUGGCAUAGUUGAUGAUGAUGAUGAGGAUUGAACCAGUUCUCCCUGUUUGUACCGAAAGGACUAUGAAUAAAUUGAUUAGUGUUUUUGGGAUAGGCAACUGCAGUCAGUUGGGGUUUUUCCAUGUUCAACCUUAUAAAUCAUAACCCAGUCAUAUGCCAAACCCUUUUUUUACAGCUCAUAGGCAUGUUUUGUUAUGCCAACCCAGAGCUUGAUUACCAAUGGUCUUAUACACACAUUAAUCUAGUUCAGCUUGCUUGCAUUUUGUCAUAUCAUCUUUUAUCCUCUGUGAGGAUAUAAAAAUAUAUUUGCUCAUAUUCAAACUUUCCAGUCAUUUUUUUCUCAGGUUCACAGCAAGUUCAAUGUAAACCUGAGAAUAAAUCACCACUUUCUUGUAUUGUUGGCUGGAGUUUAUUAUAAUGUCCUAAUGUAAGCGCACAAUACUACAGGACAAAAAAAGCUUUCUGAGGUUGACCCUUUCUGUUUUUUGAAAAUUAUGCCAGUUUUUCAUCACCUUCUAAUGUUACUGUCCGUUACGUUUAUCCCUGUUCUCUUAUUUCAGUGUACGUUUUUCUGAAUAAAAAUGUUGAUGA